AUGGUUGAUAUUUAUACAGUCAAAUUUUGGCGAACCCCGCUGUUGGUCCAAAUGGGAACGAGCAAGCGCGAAUCUUUACGCAUCUCUGCAAAUUGGACGGCACGCACGCGGAGAAAUUUGCAGCAGAAAAUUACGGUGCCACUAGAAAUGGCGGUGGAAUUUAAAGUGGUGUUUAUUUUAGUGUCUAUUUUAGUGUCUAUUUUAGAGCAUACUACAACUUCAGUUGGGGAGUUCCGGUUGAAUUAUCCGAGAUUCUCAGGUGUGCCCUCCUCUCCAUGUCCCCGCAUCCCAUCGCCUUCUGUCAAUGGAUUAUACAAGGCUCGAAGGAUAUGUACAAGGUUGUUGCAUGUUAUCGCAGAGACUAGAGAGAUGUGGAUUGUGUAG